AUCAACUUUCCACUCCUAAAAACCUUAAAGAAAACAAGUCUUUAACCAAUCUCCCCAAGAAACCUAUUUGCUUGUAUUAAUUUCAUACAAAUUUGCCAAAAUGUUUAGCUUCUCACAGCAAAAUAACUUCUUUGGUCCUAGAUGUGUGUGGGUCAACGGUCCUGUCAUAGUAGGGGCGGGUUCAUCAGGGCUAGCCAUUUCGGCCUGCCUGAAGAAUCAAGGCAUCCCUUUUGUAGUCAUCGAAAGAUCUGACUGUAUCGCUUCUCUUUGGCAAAAACGUACCUAUGACCGCCUAAAACUCCACCUCCCGAAGAAAUUCUGUCAACUUCCCAAAGUACCAUUCCCCGAAGAGUAUCCCGAGUACCCUACAAAGAAACAAUUCGUCGAUUACCUCGAGAACUACGCAAAAAAGUUCGACAUCAAGCCGCAGUUCAACGAGUGCGUGCAAUCGGCAAAAUACGACGAUGCAUGUAAGCUCUGGCGGGUUAAGACCGUCUCCACAACCGGAUCAAUCCGGGCCGAGACGGAGUAUAUCUGCCAGAUGCUUGUUGUGGCCACCGGAGAAAACGCAGAAGGAGUAAUACCGGAUAUUGAAGGUCUCAAAGACUUCUCCGGUGAAGUGAUCCAUGCAAAAGAUUACAAGUCCGGCCAGAAAUACGCAGGAAAGAAGGUUUUGGUCGUCGGUUGUGGGAAUUCCGGCAUGGAAGUCUCUCUUGAUCUCUCUAACUACAAUGCAAAGCCAUCAAUGGUGGUUCGAAGCUCGGUUCAUGUUUUACCAAGAGAAAUCAUGGGCAAAUCGACAUUCGAUCUAGCCAUGAUGCUAAUGAAAUGGUUACCUCUAUGGAUAGUUGACAAGAUUCUCUUGAUCUUUGCAUGGUUCCUAAUUGGAGACACACAACGAUACGGUAUCAAACGACCAUCUUUAGGUCCACUCACACUCAAAAACAACCACGGAAAGACCCCGGUUCUCGACAUAGGAACCCUCGAGAAAAUCCGGUCAGGCGACAUAGCGGUUGUGCCCGGAAUCAAAAGGUUCACAGAGAAAACAGUCGAGUUGGUUAACGGUCACAUCUUAGACAUUGAUUCGGUUGUUUUAGCAACUGGGUAUUUCAGCAAAGUCCCAUUUUGGCUUCAUGAUAAAGAUUUUUUUUCUGAAAAUGGUUGGAAGGGUAAAGGAGGGCUGUAUGCAGCUGGUUUUACUAGAAGAGGGUUGGAUGGUGCUAUUGCUGAUGCAGUAAAAAUAUCAAAAGAUAUUGGAAAAGAAUGGAGAAAGGAAUUAAACCAAAAGAAACAGAAGGUUCCUACACACAGAAGAUGCAUUUCAACUUUCUAAGUCUAGUUUAGGGUUCUAGUCAUCCGCACGUUAUGCCGGGACGCGA